AUGACUGUUACUCUGUGCCUGGACCACAAAUGUACUGUCGUACCUACCACUGCUGUUGUAUCACCAAUUGUUACUUACACACUGAGUAAGAUAACCACAUUAUACACUACAAUUCCUUGCGAAACAGAAACUGGAUCUCAAACAGUUCUUCCUAUCGCUACUACCAUUUCAGGUAAAGAAACCACAAUUUAUACUACUGUUCCAUGUCCUAGUGCUUCAACUGUGACAAUGACUGUUACUCUGUGCCUGGACCACAAAUGUACUGUCGUACCUACCACUGCUGUUGUAUCACCAAUUGUUACUUACACACUGAGUAAGAUAACCACAUUAUACACUACAAUUCCUUGCGAAACAGAAACUGGAUCUCAAACAGUUCUUCCUAUCGCUACUACCAUUUCAGGUAAAGAAACCACAAUUUAUACUACUGUUCCAUGUCCUAGUGCUUCAACUGUGACAAUGACUGUUACUCUGUGCCUGGACCACAAAUGUACUGUCGUACCUACCACUGCUGUUGUAUCACCAAUUGUUACUUACACACUGAGUAAGAUGACCACAUUAUAUACUACAGUUCCUCUCGAUACUUCUGCUACUGGAGGUGCCAUUGAAGGUGCUACUGGCCAUGGUGCCGCUGGUACUGGUGCUGGAAAUGGUGGUACUGUUGCAGGAGCUACCAUAGGAGGUACAACUGGUACAAUUGCUGGCGCUGCAACUGGAACUGCCGCCGUUGCUACUGGAACUGGUGCUGCUGGUGCCACUGCUGGUACCAUCGUAACUGAGGGUAAUGGCGCUGGUGAAGGAACUGCACCUAUGGCUGUUAUUGGUAAGCCUACUGGAACUACUGCUGGUGGAGAAGCAGGUACAGCUAAUGGUACUGGUGCAACAGGUGCAGCCAAUGAUACCGGUGCAGCUGGUACACCUGGUGCAGCCAAUGGUACUGGAGCUACAGGACCUACUGGUGGUUCUACUGGUGGUUCUACUGGUGGUUCUACUGGUGGUUCUACUGGUGGUUCUACUGGUGGUUCUACUGGUGGUUCUACUGGUGGUUCUACUGGUGGUUCUACUGGUGGUUCUACUGGUGGUUCUACUGGUGGUUCUACUGGUGGUUCUACUGGUGGUUCUACUGGUGGCCUUGGAACUGGAUCUACCACUUUUGUUUCUUCCGCUAUAAACUCAUCAGGAACACCUUCCAGUAUUGCACCAAUCAGUGUAGCAAAUUCCAGUUCUAAAUUGAAGGUAGGGUUAUCAUCAAUUGGAUUUGUUCUUAUGUCAUUCUUGUUGUGA